CUCUCCAGGACCAGAAUUGAACAGCCCUGCUAUAAAGUGAUGAAUUAACACAGAAUUUGAAGGUGAGCCAAAGGCAGGUUGCCCCCUUUAUGAUAAGUAAAUUGACCUUGUGGGACGAUGUGUAAAUCUGUGGCCAUAGCUCCAGGAAGUACAUUUGCAUGGACAUUGGACCUCCUGCCUGAGAGGUUUUGUUCAGUAUCUGUGGUUUGGCAAACCUGUCAUGCUGCAGUACUUCUCGUACAGUAAUUCCACCGGAUAUACACACAUCUUCACCCCAGGCCCAUGCAAAUACCCUGCCACCACUGCCUUUUGCCAUCCCCACCAUGCAAAUACUGUUGUGAAUAGAGUUUGAUGCUUCUCUAUAAAUUCCGAUCAGGCUACUCUGAAAUCAAAGGGUCUGUGCCUCAACUUGCGAUGCCGUUCUCAGUCAACAUCUUCAGGCAACUUCUAAAAGCCAUCCUUUGACCUUUUUUCAAAAAUAUAUUUUCAUCUUCAAUGCCAAGAUUUUGAAUCAGACAACCUAUUUCAAGUUGUACUAAAAUAUCCAAGAAAAAACAUCAGAUGCAAAGGGAUCUUUUUCUGAGAGAACAGAAACCUCCUGGCUAUGUGUUGGUCUGAUUCAAAUUAAGAAAAACCUUGACUGUCUGUGUUAAGUGAAGAAUUUGAAAGUAAAUGUCAUAUUAAAAAAGCUUGCAAAAUAUGGUAUUGAAACAUUCGAGCACUACCUCCCCCUCAACCUCAAACACACCUUAAAACACCUCAAAUUAGCUGGUGGACGUUGUUUAAAGAACCAACAGCACCAUGCAAGGACCUAAUAAGGUGACUAUCUGGGUCAUAACUGGCCUGAUGGCCGUCCUCACCAUGUUCUUCAACCUGUUCAUCUUCCUGAUGAGCCUGAAGAGCUAUAAGCAGAACAAACACUGGACCCCCUGUGAGACCAUCAUCACAGCCCUGUCCUUGGCCAAUGGAGCUCACCAGCUGCUCUGCUAUCUCUGGAUGACCAUGACCGAAAUAGACAAAGACUGCCGACUGGAAGAGCUGUUCUACUCCUUAAUGAUAUUGACAGUGUUCAGCCUCAAGUUCACUAUCAUGUGGACCACCUCCUUCCUGACCUUCUACUACAGCACCAAGCUAGUGAUCGAGCCCAUCCACUGCUACACCAAGAUCCAGGAGGCCAUCCUGAAGCACGUCACCACUGUGGUCCUGGCCAUCCCUAUGUGUGGUCUCAGCACAUGUCUGCCCAUGCUGACUGUCCUCGUCCCUGAGAACAAUACAUCGGAUAACAAGGACUGCGGUUCCAUCAUGCCUAAUGACACCCCUGGCAUGAUCUAUAACACUGUUUAUCUAGUCCUCUCUAAUAUCCUACCGGGAGUUCUGAUGGUAAAGUGUUGCAUAUCCAUCUCUGUUCACCUGGGCAUCCAUCUCCAGCACAUGAAGGCCAGUACCAAUGGUUCCCACGCACCCAAGCUGGGCUCUGAGAUGCGGGUGAUACGCAUGACCCUCGCCCUGGUGGUUGUUUUCCUCUGUUUCAUGGUGGUUGAUCUAUAUGCGUACUAUCAGGUGACAGUGAAGAAAGAGAAUGCUAUUCUGCUCUCUUUUCUCUUCACCUCCAUCUAUACCACUUUCAGUGCCUUGGUUCUUAUCUACGGUAAGAAGACAUUCUGGAAGGUUCUCCUCCACUCUUACAAUGUUGGACUGGAUGAGUUUCCCUGUCUUUCCUGCCUAAAGGUGCCAGAGACCAAAUGCAAACCAAGCUCUGCUCACACAGUCAAACACUGAGUCAGACCAGGGUAGCCACAAUGGCCUUGGGUACAUUAAUUUAACAUGUUGCGGUGAGCAUUCUGGCACAAAAAUGGUCACCGUGCAUCACCCAGGUGGGUGACCCACAUUGGUGGUGAUGAGGUGAGUUUCCCCCUGCUAUGUAAAGCAUUUUGAGUAUCUCUGUUAGAAGAAAAGCAUUAUAUAUAUGUUUGGAUAGUAUGGAUUUAGAGUCAUCUUAUUGUCUGACCACUUAACUUCAUCAUUAGGUUCAAUGUGUGGCUUGUUUUUCCAGGCAUAAACCUAUAUUAGAUAUAUAAAAUAACAUGUGAAUAAAUAUUAUAGUAUUUUAGCUAACAGCCCUGUCUGUUGUUUAAUGUUCUUCUCAGUAUAAUUAAGAAUAUUUUUCAAUGUGGUGUAGUUAUUAAUUCAUGAAUAACCUAUGUCUUUUGCCAUUACAGAUAUUGAUUAAAGAUUUACAGUCCAUAUUAAUAUCAUGGCUACUCAUUAUAGGGCUUUGCCAUAGCCUACAAUAAAUGCCUCUAUUUCGCCUUUGUUUCUCUCAUCUCAAUAGCUAAUAUCCAGUGUCAGUUUCUAUCUUUUUCAGUUGAGAGCAUAGCGAAUGGGAUUCUUAUGGUUCUGUAUAUUCCUUUGACAUCUAUACCAAGGUAUUACUAGAUAACAACCAAACAAGACACUCUACCAAUCAAACUGCAUUUGGAAAGGGUGGUUAAUAUUUGCUGAAAAUCUGUACGAUGUGAUGUAUAGUAGUUGCAUACACAUUCUGUAUAACCUCUGCUCACAAACCAUCUAGAAUAUUAAGGGAAAUAUGCAGGGGUGGAAAGCAUACUGAA